UGUAAGUUCACCAUUUUAGCGGCCAUUUUGGCCGACAAUUACAAAUAGUACACGUACGGACAAAAAGAUGAGCGGAAGAAGUCCCGUAAAAAUAAGAUUUGCUUCAUAAAUACAGAUUAUUUAUUCACAGGCUUUUGCUUCAUUCGAGAAGCAAUGUAUCAACCACACCAGCCACGGGAUUUUGCUGCCAUGGGCCUUCCCCCGCCUGGCCAGCAGCCCAUCCGCCCACCCAUCAUGCACAUAGGUAUGCCCCCGCUCCUCCCAGGCCUCCCCGGACUGCCCCCAGCCCAGCCCAAGCCCGAAUCCAAGAUGCCACCCCGGCCUGGCUUCGGCAAGGACGGUCGACCAAUCAUGCUGCGGGCCAACCACUUCAAGAUUACCAUCCCACACGACACUAUCAACCAUUACGACGUGACCAUCGUGCCAGAGAAGUGUCCUCGUAGGGUGAACAGGGAAGUGAUGGACACCCUCGUCAAGCACACCAACAGAAUUUUCCAGAACUGCAAGCCGGUGUUUGAUGGUCGUAAAAACCUGUACUGUCGGCUGGAGUUGCCCAUCGGGAAGGAGAGGGUUGACCUGGAGGUGACCCUACCGGGAGAGGGCAAGGAGCGUACCUUCAAGGUGUCUAUCAAGUGGGUAGCCAAGGUGAGCCUGCAGGCCCUGGCUGAUGCCUUGGAAGGGCGGAUCAACAUUAUCCCCUAUGACUCGGUCCAGGCACUGGACGUCGUCAUGAGACACCUGCCCUCCAUGACAUAUACCCCAGUGGGGCGAUCUUUCUUCUCACCCCCUGACGAUUAUUUCCAUCCCCUGGGUGGGGGAAGGGAGGUGUGGUUUGGUUUUCAUCAGAGUGUCCGGCCUUCCAAAUGGAAAAUGAUGCUAAAUAUUGAUGUGUCCGCCACUGCUUUCUACAAGGCCCAGCCUGUGAUAGACUUCAUGUGCGAGGUUCUGGACAUUGGAACCAGCGCUGACCAGCGCCGGCCACUCACAGAUUCACAGCGAGUCAAAUUCACCAAAGAAAUCAAAGGACUGAAGAUUGAGAUCACACAUUGUGGUAACAUGCGUCGCAAGUACCGAGUGUGUAAUGUCACUAGACGAGUUGCUCAAGCUCAGACAUUCCCUCUAGAGUUGGAGAAUGGUCAGACAGUGGAGUGUACAGUGGCCAAGUAUUUCAAGGACCGACACCGGCGUAUAUUACAGUACCCAUUUUUACCUUGCCUGCAAGUCGGCCAGGAGCACCGUCACACUUACUUGCCUCUAGAGGUUUGCAACAUAGUGCCAGGCCAGCGCUGUAUAAAGAAGCUAACUGACAUGCAAACUUCUACCAUGAUCAAGGCAACUGCACGCUCUGCUCCAGACAGAGAGCGGGAGAUCAACAACUUGGUUCACAGGGCACAGUUCAACAACGAUCCCUAUGUGCAGGAGUUCAGUCUCAACAUCAGCACUGAGAUGGUUCGGAUCGAGGGACGUGUCCUCCCGGCACCGAAGAUCCAAUACGGAGGAAAACAGCAGAGUGGUCGGAUGUUGGCGAUCCCCACGCAGGGCGUCUGGGACAUGAGAGGCAAACAGUUCCACACCGGCGUCAAGAUCAGCACCUGGGCCAUCGCCUGCUUCGCCCAGCAACAUCAGUGCAAAGAAGAAGCCCUCAAGAAUUUCACCAGCCAACUCCAAAAGAUCUCCAGCGACGCUGGCAUGCCCAUUGGCAGCCAGCCCGUCUUCUGCAAGUACGCCCAGGGUGCCGACCAGGUGGAGCCCAUGUUCCGCUACCUCAAGAGGCAGUUCCCUGACUUGCAGCUCAUCGUGGUGGUUCUCCCAGGAAAAACGCCCGUCUACGCCGAGGUGAAGAGAAUAGGUGACACGCUCCUGGGCAUUGCCACCCAAUGUGUCCAGAUGAAGAACGUCAAUCGCACCACCGCCCAGACCCUCUCCAACCUCUGCCUCAAGAUCAACGUCAAGCUGGGUGGUGUCAACAACAUCCUGGUGCCCAGCCAAAGACCAGCGUUGUUCCGCCAGCCUGUCAUUUUCCUGGGUGCCGAUGUGACUCACCCCCCUGCUGGGGAUGACAAGAAGCCUUCCAUCGCUGCGGUCGUGGGUAGCAUGGAUGCCCAUCCCAGCCGCUACACGGCCAGCGUCCACGUCCAGCAGCAUCGACAGGAGAUCAUCGCCGACCUCAAGGUCAUGGUCCGUGAGAUCCUGAUCCAGUUCUACCAGACCACACACUUCAAGCCGGCCCGCAUCAUCCUGUACCGCGACGGCGUCAGCGAGGGCCAGUUCCCACAGGUGCUGGCCCACGAGCUGCGUGCAAUCCGAGAGGCCUGCAUGUCCCUGGAGGCAGGGUACCAGCCCGGUAUCACAUUCAUCGCCGUACAGAAGCGGCACCAUACUAGGCUGUUCUGCGCAGACAAGAAGGAGCAGAUCGGCAAGAGUGGUAACAUUCCAGCUGGUACCACGGUGGACACUGGAAUCACCCACCCGAAUGAGUUUGACUUCUACCUCUGCAGCCACGCUGGUAUUCAGGGGACAAGUCGGCCGUCCCACUACCAUGUGCUGUGGGACGAUAACGACUUCACCGCUGACGACCUGCAGUGCCUGACCUAUCAGCUGUGCCACACCUAUGUCCGCUGCACGCGCAGCGUCUCUAUCCCAGCCCCGGCCUACUAUGCGCAUCUGGUGGCCUUCCGGGCGCGCUACCAUCUGGUCGAGAAGGACCACGACGGUUACAUCAGUGGUCAUCAUUCUGGAACCAACAGCAAUGGUGAUGGUAGCCACACUACAAGCACCAGUGGGGGGCGUAGCAUUGAGGAGAUGAUGAGGGCGGUGAAGGUUCAUGACGACAUCCUCCGAGUCAUGUAUUUUGCAUAGUUUGCUCAAGGAGGAGGAAGAAAUCGUCAGGGUAAAGUCGUCCAGGAAAAACAGAACAGUAAAGAUCAUUCCUCUGUGAAUUUUGGGACUCAACAUUUUGGCCAAGAACCAGUCACAGAGUGAUAUCCACUGUGUGGCCUUUUGGCCGGUAACCCGUUUGUUUUUAAGCUUAAGCAAGACUAUUUUUAUGUGUUGAGCAGAUUUCCAUGUUCAGCGGUUUUGUGGCGUUUGAUUUUGUGCAGUGUCCCUGCAGCGUCAGGACAGAAUACAUCACAGGGCAACUGUUCUGGCCCAGAAGCAGCCCAAAGUUAUGGGAUGUUAUGAGCUAUUUUACACAGAGAUUCCGUCGUGCUUUGCAAAAAAUGCCGUUUGCAAAGCAGUGGUUGGAAGUUUUCCGUAACGUUUUGGCCUGCUGACAGUUCUUUUUUAUGAUGUUUGCCAUUCAUUGGAAACAGUAACGCUCACCUAUCGUCCCUGUUUGGGGGAAAUGUCUCUCUUCAAAACUUUGUAAGUGUGGAAUAUGUCUGCUGAGCAAUAAAUAGGGUUACCACUCAAAAGGAUUAUGUUGCCUUGGUGAACUAGGGAGUGUCUCAUAAUUCGGAACGUUCCAUUAGGAACACCAUGUUCUCAUUCCAGAACAGGUGGCCGUUCCACCGGGAACACGGCAUUUCCAUCGGAACACUGCCUGGGAACAGUCUGUGCACAGAAUGGACCAUUCCCUCGAUGCAGGAACGUUCCGAUGGAACACUGAUGUUCCAGUGGGAUCGGUCCAACAGAACGUGAAUGUUCCCGACUUUUUUGAGGUGCUCCCUCAUGACUGAGUGUUAGUUUUUUUUUUCAUUCUGGAUGAAUCUCAUUAAAGUGUUCCAUCAACUCGAUGACAGUUUUUCCUAAUUGUGAAGAAAGUACCACAAAUAUUUCUACUGCACAAUAAUUUUUUUAUUAAUUCCUGAAAACUGACCAAGUGAUACGGCAAUUGUAACAAUAAUGCAAUAAGACUUUAAAAAGAAAGUAUAAUAUUCUACUAGAUUAGAGAACUUUCAGAUGUGCUGGACUCCAACCUAUAAUUGUUGUCCCUGGCAAUAUUUUUGUCGAACCGUGGAUAUUCCAAGUUCCCCAUUUUUGGAGAUACAAUAAGAUUGUAACACUAGGAAGGGUUUUUAAAGUCAUCAUAUGGAUACUUGUACGUUGCUUACAUUCUGUGCAGUGUGUGUUCAAGGGAGUACAUUACACUCGUUAUUGAUUGCAAGAACACCAGAAUUCACCAAAACACCCGUUCAUAGGAUUGCCAGUGGGCUGGGGUAACUUGUUGCCAGAGUUCAGUGAAAAUCAAUUGGGAUGUCGUUUGACUGACUUUUCUGGGUACCGAUACCCUGCAUUUGCCAAUUCUAGUUCCGCCAGGACUCGGUUCGAGUCCUUUUUAAAGCACAUUCGAUGGUGGUUAUGUAAUAAGGUGGCAUUUUCCCUUUUGCAAAUGAUGUCCAGGGUUUGCUCUAUGUGGGAUUGUUAAAUCUGGACAGAAUCAGAAUCGAUGCCAACAGUGUUUGACCUGCCGAAACACACUUGCUUCAUUUGAUGGGUGUACCAUGUGUAAUGUGGUGUUCCCCCCUGAAUAUAUACUGGGCAUUUUCCUGCCACCUCCAAUACUGACCAUUUAACCCUGGCCCCCUGGUUAAAAUAAAAGAUUAACUCCUACUUGUGUAUGUGAGCCACAAUUACCAGGAUUGUGAGCCAUUUGUGUCAACAGUAAACCGUACCAUUUGAAUCAUAGUGCGUGAACCAGUGUAAUGGGUACCAGUGAGCCAUCCAAUAAGCCAUUUGCGAGUUAAAUUUGAAUAAAAUCUGGUGCACUAAGUCAUCUGACUGCAAAUAAACAUUACAAU